GCUCGUCCCGGCAUGCUGGACCUGAAGGGGAAGGCCAAGUGGGACGCCUGGAACGCCAAGAAGGGCACCGCUCAGGAGGACGCCAAGAAGGCCUACAUCGCCAAGGCCAAGGAGCUUGCCGACAAGUACGGCAUGAAGUGAGCGCGCUGCGCUUUGUUUUUGUAUCCUCCUAAAUUAAAUGUUAUUGUUUUUAA